AUGGACAAUGACACCUCGGACAGUCUUCUGCUACCGGAUGGCCGAAAGCUUGGAUAUACGCAGUACGGCUCGCCGACAGGGCGUGCUGUCUUUUUCAUACAUGGCCAUCCAGGAUCCCGCUUCGAGGGCGCCCAUCUCCAUGAUCUUGGCUUGAAAUUAGGGGCCCGGAUCAUCACUCCAGAGAGACCUGGAAUGGGUUUGAGCUCGCCACAGCCCGGUCGAACACUUCUUAACUGCCCAAAAGAUGUGGAACACCUGGCAAAUCAUCUCAAGUUGGAGAGCUAUGGUGUCCUGGGAGUCUCAGGCGGUGGGCCAUAUGCGCUGGCUUGCGCCUACGCACUACCUAGGGACAAGCUUAAAUGUGUUUCAAUCGUCUGCGGCCUUGGGCCUGUAUACGAAAUUGGUAUGAAAGGGGCGCGCUGGGUGAACUGGAUCGGGUUCGCAUUUGGGUAUCGAUACACCCCCGCCUUCAUUAAUCGGUGGUUUUGGCAGUCGCAAACAUGUGGCCGCUUGGACCUGAGUGACGAGGAGCGCCUUGAGCGUCAUAUGAAAGAAUUUUCAAAGCCAAAGACGGUGGCCGAUCAGAAAGACUUUGAAUCCAUGACAAACGAAGUCAAUGCCCGGCGUUUUUUACGCUCGACUCGGGGAGCCUUCGCUCAUGGGUAUGAUGGAGCGCUGCAGGAUGGGAGGGUGCUGAGCACAGACUUUGGUUUCCGCAUCGAGGAUAUUCGUCCCGGCGUGCCUGUGCAGCUGUGGUAUGGGAAGUUGGAUGUCAACGUUCCGCUCAACCAUGGGGAAACGAUAGCCAAACGUUUGGGUGACCGAGCAGUCCUCAGAGUCGAGGAUGAGACACAUGCAAGCAUCUUUUUCAACUGGAGGGAACAGUUCCUAGGAGACUUGGUAAGGAACAUUUGA